AUGACUUCGGCCGAGCGUCUUCGGAAGGUGCGUGGAACUGUGAGGGCCAGCGUCUCACGAAAUAUUACGCUCCUGGCAGGACUACUGCAGAACCCCGACACCGAGGCGCGCGAGGUCAACAGGCAAGUCGCCGUUUUGAAGACGAACGAAGUUGAGCUCCGCCAGCUAGACAAAGACAUUCUCGACCUUACUGAAGACGAGGCUAUUGAAGGCGAAGUCGAGGGUUCAAUCGACUACCACGAUAAGAUUCUCGAAUCGUCUAAGAGCGGACCCAAUGGCGACCGGGUAGCAGCCACCCAGAGCAACAUCGGAUCUGCUGAGGCGCCGCAAGGACCCAUCAGUACGCCGCGUUACCCGUCUGUCACACUUCCGACGCUUCAUGUCACGACGUAUGCCGGCGAUUUACGUCAGUGGCAAGAAUUCUGGGACUGCUACAGCGCCACCAUUUACAAUAAUACCGAGUUGCCUCCGAUCGAGAAAUUCAAGUAUUUACUGACAUACCUGACGGGAGCAGCCAAGCGAGCGAUCGAAGGCAUCAGGCCGGCAGAUCACAACUACGACAUUGCUGUCAAGACAUUGAAAGAGCGCUUCGGUGGACAAGAAUUUCUGGUGAACGAACACAUCGACCAGGUUCUCGCACUGUCACCGGUAAGGAGUUCCAAGGAAGUGGAGAAGCUUCGGAUCUUGCAUGACACCGUGCGUUUCCGCGUCGAAGUGCGCGAAGAAGGGGAGCAAGAAGCACCGUCGUCGCAUCCUCGCCACUCGACCAUGGUAUCUGAUGACAUGGGCCUGCCGACAAGACCUGCACAGGGCAUUCCAUCGGCCUCUGCGCUAGCUGCGGCGGUAUUCCUACAGCAGCGCACUCCGUCUGGCAUACUGUGCAACAGCAGAGCUCACAGCCUCGCAUAA